AUGCGACCUGCCCCUGCUCAUUUUGCUGGGCUCUUAGUCUGUCAAGAGCUCGUUGUAGCUCCUCAAUCUGCGGCAAUGGAGCCGCUUGGGGUGGGAUGGCCGCAUUUUGAAGUUAGUGUGGGUGGGAAUCAUGGAGAAAAAGGAGUUAGAAUUCANAAUUAUGGUUAUGGUGUUCCUGGUGGUCCUGGUGGUGGUGCAGGUGGUAGUUAUUAUGGUUUAGCACCACCUACUUAUGGGUCUCCGCAGAGGGCAGAGGCUGUGGCUUCAUCCUCGAAACCACCGCCGCCUCCUCCUUCCCCGCCAAAGUCUUCGGCAUGGGAUUUCUUGAACCCUUUUGAGAGUUAUGAUAAGUACUACCCAUCUUAUACUCCAAGUAGGGAUUCAAAGGAAUUGAGAGAGGAAGAGGGAAUUCCUGAUUUGGAAGAGGAGGAUUAUCCUCAUGAGGUGAAGAAAGUGCAUGUGGAGGAGAAGUUUGUUGAUGGUAGUGGCGGCGGCGGCAGUGGUGGAGGAGGUGGAGGCGGCGGUGCGAAUGUUGGUGAUGGUGAUGCCGAGCCGUCUUUUUAUCAGACAAGGCCUAGUGUGGAUAAUGAAGAUGUGAAGUAUGAGGUGCAUGUGGUGGACAAGAAGGUUGUGGAUGAAGAGAGAAAUGAAGAGCAUAGCAGUACAGCUAGAGCUGGUCCUCGAGAUGUUUUUGAUGUAGCAAGAGAACUUGAGGUUCAAUUUGUGAGAGCUUCUGAGUCUGGAAGUGAAAUUGCUAAGAUGCUUGAGGUGGGAAAGCUUCCCUACCAGCGGAAACAUGUUUCCAAGAUGUUGCAUGUUGUUACACCUUCGUUGUCUGUGGUAUCCUCACAGCCAUCUACAUCUAAGAGUUCUGAAUCAUCAUCCUUUGCUAACAAAGCUGGCCCCGCUUUUGCGGAUAUUGAUGAAGAUAUGGCAAUGAGGACAAGAAAUCUUUCUUCUACCUUGCACAAGCUGUAUCUUUGGGAGAAGAAACUCUAUCAUGAAGUGAAGAAUGAGGAAAAGAUGCGAGUAAUUCAUGACAGGAAGGUCUGUAAGCUGAAGCGCAUGGAUGAAAGGGGUGCUGAGGCUCACAAAGUUGAUGCAGCUCGAACUUUAAUUAAGAGUUUGUCCAUAAAAAUAGGAAUGGCAAUUCAGGUUGUUGAUAAGAUCUCUGUGACAAUUAACAAGAUUAGGGAUGAAGAGCUGUGGCCACAACUAAAUGAAUUAAUUCAAGGGUUAACCAGAAUGUGGAAAAGUAUGCUUGAAUGCCAUCAUAAUCAGUGUCAAGCAAUUACAGACGCCAAGGGUUUUGGUCACAUUGGAUCCGGCAAGAAACUUGGUGAUGCACAUCUUGAUGCGACAUCACAGCUUGAACAUGAGGUUCUUAAUUGGAUUUUUAGAUUCUCUAGUUGGAUUGGUGCACAGAAGGGUUAUGUCAGGGCCUUGAAUGGUUGGCUUAUGAAGUGUCUUCUGUAUGAACCUGAAGAAACAGCUGAUGGAAUAGUUCCCUUCUCACCUGGUAGGAUUGGUGCACCUCCUAUUUUUGUAAUUUGUAAUCAGUGGUCACAAGCUUUGGACAGAAUAUCUGAGAAGGAAGUAAUUGAUUCCAUGCGUGCUCUUGCCACGAGUGUGCUUGAACUUUGGGAACAUGAUAAGCUAGAACUGCGCCAGAAGAUGGUGACAAAUAAGGAUUACGAGAGAAAAGUUAGGAACUUGGAUAGAGAGGAACAAAAGAUCCAGAAGGAGUUUCAGGCAUUAGACAAGAAAAUUAUUCUGGUUUCUGGGGAUGGUAACAAUCAGUUGGAAAAAACUGUAUAUCCGAGUGAAACUAGUAGUAGUAAUCUUCAGGUUAGUCUGCAACACAUUUUUGAGGCCAUGCAGAGGUUCACAGCUGAAUCUGUGAAAGCUUAUGAAGAGCUCUUGCAGCGUACCCAAGAAGAAUUACUUGCUCGACAAAAUGAAGGAGUUUCGUAGGACUGUUUAUUGAGAUGGUAUUCCGUCAUCUCUUAAUUCUUGCUGAUCUGGUUAUCAUCUGCAGCUUGUGUUCAACCAUAACCUUUUAUGGAGCUUGGGAUCUUUGAGGGGUUUGUGAUUAUGAAGCUUACAGGUAUGUUUUGUUCUCGUCAUAUACCUCCAACCCCAUUUGCUUUGGCUGGUUUUCUAAGACUGCUCUUCGGAGGAGACUUGGUUAUGUAUGAUGAUAAUGAAUAUCAGCACUCAGCUCUGAAACAUAUUGGUGGCAUAAAAUUUGGCAGGAUUGAAUUCCCAAUGUUUAAAAAAUAUCUGCUGAUUGAGCACUGACAGUUCUGACCCAUUUGGAGUCAGUCGAUGCAAUUGGGCUAUAAUAUGCAGGUGAAAAGGGGAUAGACCUGGUGAUUUGAAACCAAAUGAAGCCACUUCCAUCUAUUGCUGAUGCUGGACAACAUGAGGGGCUUUGUCAGCAUCAUCUCCCAGUAUUGUACUGAUAGCCAUUCAUGGCCGAAAAUAACCUAUUGGGUUCUCCACCAGCAUGUAGUGAAAGAGAUGAUCAACUGAUCAAGGGCAGGUCAUGCUGCUGCAAAUGACCACAGCUGGAGGUGAAACAAUCCAAGUGAGCAAAUCUCAGUUUUGCAUGAAGAUAAGUUGGAAUUAGACUAAUGGAGGUUGUUUCUUAGCGACGCAAGUCAUGCAAAUGUUUAGAAAUCAGAUAUUGUAUAAUAAGUUAAAUUUUUUUUCUUUCUUUUAAAUAUUGAUUUAUAUUGUA